AUGAUUUACGAACCCAUUGCUAUCUCCCUUCCCUCCAUGGCCCCUCGCGCAAUGCUCACCCCACCUUGGCCACUCACCCCUCCAGAUGUCUCCGACUCCCCACCAACAGCCGACAAAGAUGUCUCCUCCAUUGUAACCGCAAUCCAUGUCAUGUCCACCGAGCGCGCUGCGCUCACUCAUCUCGAAAGACUGUAUCAAACAGAUGCUCGAGCGCAGCAAGAACUUGCGCGUGCAGUGGAUCAGAUCGCGCGCAGUGUACGCGAUGGAGGUAAAUUGGUGGUUUGCGGGGUGGGCAAAAGUGGCAAGAUCGGGCGCAAGAUGGAGGCAACUAUGAACAGCCUAGGUAUAUACUGUGCAUUUUUGCAUCCCACGGAAGCUUUGCAUGGGGAUUUGGGAUUGGUCCGGCCGAAUGAUACAAUGCUUCUCAUAUCGUUCUCUGGUCGAUCUCCGGAGCUACUAUCUUUGCUCCCGCAUAUCCCCGCUUCGGUCCCUAUCAUCGCCUUGACCUCACAUACAGACCCUUCGGAAUGUCCAUUAUUAGCUUUACAUUGGCCUUUGGGCUUGGGAAUUCUUCUUCCAGCUCCUAUUCAUGAGGGCGAAGAAGCUUCACUGGGUGUUAGCGCUCCGACGUCAUCUACAACUGUAGCCUUGUGCCUGGGAGAUGCAUUGGCUAUUGCGACAGCACGCAAACUACACACUGCACCAGGCAAAGGACCUGCAGAGGUGUUUCGAAGCCAUCACCCUGGAGGUGCAAUUGGGGCUGCAGCUGCAGCUGCAACGAUGACAGGGACCCCAUGGACGACCCCAUCAAGUGCUGUUUCAACGACAACAUUCGAUUCCCCACCUUCAUCUAUCUCUUCACAAUGGGAGGAUCUCAACAACAGCGCAUCCAUCCCGCCCUUUAAUCUUCAAUCACCACCAGAAAAUCACCUCAUCCCUUCCAAUCUACUCGUCCCCCUCGACCAAAUUCCCACCGUGUCAUCAGCCAAAGCAUCAAGCCCCGGUGACGUUCGACUGCUUGAUAUUCUUCUAGCGGCCAUUCAGCACCCUAAUGCAAAGUCAUGGGUAUUUCUUUCACCCAAUGAAAUUGCCCCACCUCGGAUGAUUCGGUCAUUUCUGUCCCGGCAGACUGAUGUGGACUUGUGCGUGGUCGACGCCUUGGCUAAAGACCCUGACCAGCCACUCACCGUGGCCCGUGCCGACUGGUGUCUAGUGCCAAAAUCAACCCCGCUAGCUGAGCUGCGGCGUUUGGUCUCCACAUCCCGAGAUGGAUCAUCUCCAAUCACUGUAGUUGCUGUGAUGAAAGAUAUCACCCGCCCUAGCACCUGUAUAGGGUUGAUAGAAGCAGAGGAUCUAUGGGGUGAAUAA